AUGGCGCCGCAGCAUUACCGCUCGGAGCAAAGCAGGCGGCAAUGGCACUGCAAGAGCUGCGUCGGGCCCAAGGGCCUCCCGUGGUUCAAUUACGCCGACGCGACGUCAUGCUCCAAGUGCAAGCUGGGCAAGGGACUCUGCUUCAAGGAGUAUCGGGCCUCUCCGGUGCCGUCGCUUCGCAGGCCAGGCAGAUCCUUCUCAGCUUGGGCAGACUCGGUGCAGGUCCAGAAGCUCAAGCAGGAGUUGGCGGCUGCCAACGCGAAGCUCAAGCGCGCCGAGGCCCCGCCCGCGGAAGCCGAGGAGGAGCUCAGCGGGUCAGACAAGGACAAGCAGAGGCUGCGGGAGCUGGGCGAGCUGCUCAAGACCGUCGAGGGCAGUGCCGACCCCCACCUGGCGAGGGCCAAGGCGGCGUACGUCCAGGAGCAGGCCGAGCUCAAGGCGAAGCUGGCGGCGGCGCGCCCGCUGGGACAGAGGCUGCGCGACCUCGGGGCCCAGAUCAGCAGGCAGCAGAAGUUGCAGGAGGACCAGCAGCGGCGGCUUGCGGGCGUCCGCGAGAAGCUGGCGCUGCUGCAGGAGCAGGAGAAGGCGGCGCUGCAACAGCUCGCGGCGCUCGACACGCAGAUGCUGGACUUGCAGGAGCAGCAGCGGCAGCUCCAGAGCCAAGCACCGCUGCCGCCGCAGCCAGAGCGCGGCAAGGGGCCUUUGGACGAGCCGAUCGUCGGGCUCGGCCAAACGUUGUCGGGGCUGGACCAGGUGCUCAACUCCCCUGGCGCCGAGCACGGUCUGGCGGAGCGCCUCAAGGAGGACCUGGAGCGCCUCGAGCAGCUCAGCGAGGAGACCAGGGCCAAGCAGCAGCGGGAGCGGGACGAAGCGGCUGCUGCCGCUGCGGAGUCCCAGCGGACGCCUGACGGCGGCCCCCCUUCCGAAGCUGACGCGAUGGAGCAGGACGAGGCCGACAGCGCCGAGUUCGUUGAGGAGAUCGCCAGCGCUGGAGGCGACAAGCGCAGGAUCGAGGAGAUCAUGGCCAAGCACGGGUGCAAGCGGCACAAGGACGCGCUCGCCGAGGCCUACCACGGCGUCUGGGAGGCGGCGCUUCCAGGACAUGGCUCUGGCAGUCAGGGUGGCGUGGCGGUCCUGGUGCCGAGACGGGUGCUCAUCACAGCGCCCCCUGCGCUGGAGGGGCCGACCUUGGAGCCAGGGCGCAUGAUGCCGUGGAUCGUGGGCGGGGAUGUCAACAUGGAGCUCAAGCAGAUGGGCCCGCUGUCGUGGCUGCACUCCGUCAAUGGCGUGACGGUGGUGCCGUCGGUGCCAACUUGCAUCCAGGCCCUCCCUGGGCGCACGAUCGACUUCUUUUUCGUGGCGUGCCAGGUCAUGCCGAGGAUUGGCCAUCCUGCAGUCGGCGAGGCAGACACGUGGCCGCACCUGCCUGUCACGGUCACGCUGUCCGCCCAGCCGCAGGUGAUGUGGACGCGACAGCUGGUGCAGUCCAAGGGCUUCACCAAGGCGCCGAAGAUCGGCUGCGCCAGGCCGCCACCAGACUGGGACCCGUUCCUCGACCAGGCUAGGCAGGCGACCUCGCCAGAGCAGCUGGCGGACGUGUGGGACCAGCUGCUGCUCGGCAUCGAGUUCGAGCUGCAGGGGCGGCGCGAUGUUGUCGGGCCGCAGGCCACGAAGUUUACGUCCAAGCCGACGGCGCCCAUGUUCGAGUGGAUUAG